UACACUUGUUGCACCAAUAUUGAACUUUGUCUUACGGCAAACAUAAAGUGUUAUAACCGAGCACACGGACCGAAGGUCGAUAUUCCAACCUCUCGGUUAAAAGCGAGAUGCAUGGCGCGAAUCAGUUGUUAAAUCGGUGAGCGCUAAUCGAAUCGAGCGAGGGGCUCUCGCGCGAGUAAAUGCGAUUUGCCUAAAUUGUUGUUAUAGAAAAACGUCGUAUCAUUGUUGGUAAGCUCGUUGCAUUUACUACCCUUGCUUCUUUAGGGUUCUCCUCGACAUCAUAAUGAACUUCUUUUUGGAAACACUUCAGCUGCUCGUCAUGUCGCUGGUCUACAGCUUAGAAGCAUUCGUUCGGAUAUUUAUACCGGCUCGGAAGAAGAAUGUGUCCGGGGAGAUCGUGUUGUUGACCGGGGCGGGCAGCGGCAUCGGGCGCCUGAUGGCCCUUGAGUUCGGGCGCCUGGGCGCGCGCCUUGUGCUGUGGGACAUCAACGAGGAGGGGAAUAAAGAGACCGCGCGCAUGAUUAAAGAAAUGCACGGAGCGCGAGCGUACACCUACACCUGUGACUGUAGCGACAGGGAAGAAGUGUACAGAGUUGCAAGCCAGGUGAAGCAUGAGAUUGGUGAUGUCACAAUUUUGAUAAAUAAUGCAGGAAUUGUUACUGGGAAGAAGUUCUUGGAUUCUCCUGAUGCGCUUAUAGAGAAGUCUAUGCAGGUCAACAGCCUGGCACACUUCUGGAUGUACAAGGCGUUUCUCCCAGCAAUGAUUGCUGGUAACCACGGUCAUCUGGUCAGCAUUGCAAGCUCUGCUGGACUUAUUGGAGUCAAUGGACUGGCAGAUUAUUGUGCGAGUAAGUUUGCAGCAGUUGGCUUUGCUGAGUCCAUGGCACUGGAGCUGCUGGCCAAUGGCUGUGAUGGAGUGAAGACCACCAUAGUCUGCCCCUUUUUUAUUAACACUGGCAUGUUUGACGGCGCAAACACAAAAUGGCCCAGACUCAUGCCUAUUCUAGAGCCAGAUUAUGCAUGUCGGAAAAUUGUUGAUGCUGUUUUAAGAGAACAGGUUCAUCUGUACAUACCUCGGAGCAUCUACCUCGCAAUGGUUUUGAAGAAUUUGUUACCCACAAAAAUGGGCGUGCUGCUUGGUCAAUAUAUGGGAGCAUUCGACUUCAUGGCAAAGUUCAAAGGUCAUGGAAAAAAGAGCGACUGAUUUCCACCAAUAGAGGAGCUGAGAAACAACCAGUGGACCGCUUGAACUAAUCACAGACUGACUGUAAACAAACCUAAAGUGCUGCCGUGAGUACUGAACGAGUAAGAUGAUAUAAAAGAAGCAUGAUCAUUUGAACAGGCCUUCCUUGUGCAUAGCUGUAACAUCCACUACAACUAUAACUUUUGAAAAGCACUUACUCUAUAUUUUCAGCACUUCCGUUUGAACCAUUAAAUGAUCUCAGUUUCUGUUCUUGUGCCAGUUGCACUUCAUUUGCACCCAAGAAACACACGGCACGGACUAAUCUUAGACUUAUAUUAAAAUUGCAUGUUAUAUUUCUCUUCAUUAAAUGAGAUUAUUCUGUGAUUGGUACACUAGAUUAGACCUUAAGCAUCUAUUCCUACUUGAUCUAACCCAUACAAAGUACUUUACAUUAGUUUGAUUUUGUCAGAUUAAAUAACAUCUUUGACCAGUUAUAUUUGAUGUUGCUACAUGAAGCACUUUUAUUACAGUGUACAUCAGAUGUAUUUCUCAAACUGACAUGUGAUAUGUGGUCCAAUGUCGUUUUAAUAUCACCUUACCAGGACUGAAGUACCUUGUUUUUUAAUUGUCUUCUUUAAUGAACUAAUCACUGAUGGAUUGUAUAAUGGAAUGUUAAUUUUUCCCAAUGUGCAUUUUGAUUAUAUGUAUUAUAAUUAUUAGGGCUCAUACUAAUAAAUUAGUA